GCUGCGACCGCCCCGGUUAUCCUCACCCCCAUGCAGCAACGCAUCUGCAACCUGCUGGGAGAAGCCACCAUCAUAAGUUUGCCGAGUGGGGACUGCAGUGCAGGUGACGGGACCGAGAUACCCAUCACCGCAUCAGCCACCACGGUCACCCUGACCCAGAUUCCUGCAGAGACAACCUACCACAGUCUGGAGGACGGAGUCGUGGAGUACUGCACAACAGAAGCCCCCACCACAGUCACCGCCGAAGCACCCUUGGAGAUGAUGGCGCAUCAACACGAAGUGUCUGCAAAACCCCAGGAGCUGAAAAGCCGAAUUGCUCUGAACUCAGCCAAGCUCUUGCAGGAGCAGCGAGUGACCAACUUGCACGUGAAGGAGAUUGCCCAGCACCUGGAGCAGCAGAAUGACUUGCUUCAGAUGAUUCGUCGCUCUCAGGAGGUGCAGGCAUGCGCCCAGGAGCGACAGGCACAAGCCAUGGAAGGAACACAGGCGGCAUUGAGUGCCCUCAUCCAGGUCCUCCGCCCCAUGAUUAAGGACUUCCGUCGAUUUUUGCAGAGCAAUACACCCAAUCCGUCGGUCACCGCUGACUCCAGCCAGACAGGGCAGCAAGAUGGCAUUAUCCAGUGAAAGAAACAGUGAUGGGACAACUUUCCUGGAAGAAGCCUGCCCGUGCUGCCGGUGGACACAGGGAGCGAGGGUUGCUAGCUCUUGUCAAUGUGAAAUGGCUCGCCUUGGAGUCUUGCUGAGCCGAAACAGCUUUCUUUCUCUGUUAAUCUUGUGCUAAUAUGCCUUCCCAGACUCGUCAUACA